GUGUAGCAGGCUCCUCUCACCUCCACUCCCCCCUAAAACCCCAACAUCCUCCUCCAGUACCCUAUCCUCAGAUCAAAUGGUGGUGGUGGGUUCACGCGGAGAAGAGACCUCGCCCCUGUGAUGCCCUGCCAUGGCUGCCCGCGCGCUGGGCCCACCGCCUCUGCCUCCUCCCCCUCUCGGUACCAUGCGGGCACCCCCGCGCGCCACUAAUAUCUCCGCUCCGUCGCCGCCCAAUGGCUACCGGCGCAGCGCCACCGGUCUCAUCUCUGCACUAACCGGCCACCGGGGAAGGCACAGUUUGUGUUCAGUGCAAUUGACGGAAGCUGCUAGUGGAAAUGUUCAAGUGGAAGCAAACUUGUCUCAUUCCCCAACGGCAUUCAUGUCUACAGGACGUGAUGACUCGGCCAUAACCUGCAAAGGAUUCUGUACGAUAUCAUGGAACCUGAAAGCAGAUGUUCUGGAUGGUUACAUAAUCUUCGUAACAGGCGAUCCAGUUACCCUGGGUUGCUGGGAACCUGAUAUGGCUGUUCAGUUGGAUCCUUCUAUUAAAAGUAAAAAUGAAUGGAGGGCUGAAAUAAAGGUACCAUAUGGGGUGCAUUUCAAAUAUAAUUAUUUUGUUCGAGAGGAAAAAGGUUCCUCUGAUGAUAUCAUAUGGAGGCCUGGUCCUGACUGUUCCUUAUCGAUACCUUCAGUUAGCCGGAAAAAACAUGUCAUCCUUGUGAAAGAUCUGUGGAUGAAAACCAGUGUGGCAGGUAUUCAUCCUCCUUCUCGGGGAUCUUGGCUGAUGGAAGCUGAUUUUCAUGAAGAUCAAAUUGAGGAGAGUGCGAAGUGUGAGAGCAUUGUGAAAUCCCACUCUGUUAUAGAUGUGGUGGAUCGGGCUUCAUCGGUAGGUGCGCAUAUUAUUCUGAGACUUGGGAAUGGCACACCUUUACAUGUGAAGCAUACAUCAGGCAUACGGAGUCCAUCCAUCAGUGUGCAUGAUGAUUUUACUACAGGUGAAAAACCAAAUUCAGUUAAAGUUAAUGUAGACCAACAUGAGAGAAAUCAGCCUGUUGAGGAGCCAUGGAUUAUUGGAUCUUUUGUCUCAGCAGAGAACUCUGUUUCACCAGUGGAACUCAAGAAAGACAGAAGGAAGUUCUUGAAUACAGAAAAGGAUUCGAGUGAAGUAACAGAAAACAUGCCUGAACAGGACCAGCCUGUGGAGGAGCCAUGGUUAUAUCAAUCUUUGGUGAUAUCAAACAGACCUGGUGUUAAAACUAAAAGCAAAAUAGAAGCAAAGGAUAUUAUAAAAAAUUUAAGAAAAAUCGAAAAAACCCCAGCAUCUUUGGAGGAUCAUAUCCCUGCCACUGGUGAACAUUCACCAAGAGUCAUAUUAAUUAACUCCUCUAUAUGCACCAUGCAGAGGAUUGCUGUAUUGGAAGAUGGGAAACUAGUUGAACUCUUGCUGGAGCCCGUAAAAAACAAUGUACAUUGUGACAGUAUUUAUUUAGGUAUAGUAACAAAACUUGUGCCUCAUAUGGGAGGUGCUUUUGUUGACAUUGGAAUUUUGAGACCUUCACUUAUGAGCAUAAAGCAAAACCGUGAUCCAUUUGUGUAUCCUCAAAUUGUCAAGGACAUUAAAGGAGGUUAUGCUAAUGAUUCUGAUUAUAAUGAUGAGAGCCAUCCGACAUACGACGGCGAUGAUGAUGAUCAUGAUGAUGAUGAUGAUAUUGCUGAUGAGGAGUUCGCACAUGAAGAAAAUGAUGAUUCAUCAACAUUUCUGCCUGACAAUGUUAGCGAGAAUGGACAAAGCAUGGACUUUGUGUCCCAUUCUAAGAUAAAGAUGAUUGGUGGUGCUGAAUUCGGAAGUGUCACUGGUUGUGAUGAUGAAAAGGAUGAUGAAAUUGAUGAUCACAUGGAAGACGAAUACAAUGAUGAUCUCUUAGCAGGAGAACAGUCAGAGAUCUCCAAUGAUAUUAAGAAAUUAUCUUCGAUUCAACAUGCUUUGAGGGAAUCUAACAAUGAUACAAAUGGAUGUAGGUGGUCUCAAGUUCGCAAGGGCACAAAAAUUAUGGUUCAAGUUGUCAAGGAGGGGUUGGGUACGAAAGGCCCAACACUGAGUCCAUUUCCAUGCUUAAGAAGCCGAUUUUGGAUAUUGGUUUCCCGUGGUAACAAAGUUGGAGUGUCAAAAAAGAUUACCGGGAUAGAGCGCACCCGGUUGAAGGGGGUUACAAAGUUAUUACGUCCUCCUGGAUUUACUCUGACGGCUCGUACAGUUGCUGCUGGCCAUUCAUGGGAAGAAUUGCAGAAGGAUCUUGAUCGCUUGUUAUCUACCUGGAAAGGAAUAAUUGAACAUGCUCAAUCUGCUGCCUUAGCUGCUGAGGAAGGUGUGGAAGGUGCUGUUCCUGUGAUUCUAUAUAGAUCAAAGGGUCAGGCUCUAUCUAUAGUUCAAGAUGAUUUUAAUGAGAAGGUCAAGAGGCUGGUUGUGGAUUCCCCUCGUACCUACCAUGAGGUUACAAGCUAUCUCCAAGAAGUUGCGCCUGAGCUGUGUAAUAGAGUUGACCUCUAUGAGAAAAGAACUCCUAUAUUCGAUGAAUAUAAAAUUGAAAAGGAGAUCGACAAUAUUCUCUGCAAAAGGGUUGUGCUACAGAAUGGGGGUUCUUUAAUUAUAGAACAGACUGAAGCUCUAGUUUCUGUUGAUGUGAAUGGUGGUCACAGUAUGUUUGGUCAAGGGACGUCACAGGAGAAGGCUAUUUUAGAUGUCAACCUGGAAGCUGCAAAGCAAAUUGCUCGUGAGCUGCGCUUGAGGGAUAUUGGUGGCAUCAUUGUUGUUGAUUUUAUCGAUAUGAUAGAUGAUUCAAACAAAAGACUAGUCUAUGAAGAAAUGAAGAAAGCAGUAGAAAAGGACCGGUCAACCGUUGGUGUUUCAGAAUUGUCAAAGCUGGGUUUGAUGGAAAUAACUAGAAAAAGAGUUCGACCUAGUGUUACUUUCAUGAUCAGUGAGCCUUGUUCAUGUUGCCAUGGUAUUGGUCGUGUUGAAGCUCUUGAUACGUCCUUCUCUAAGAUAGAACGUGAAAUCUGCCGACGCCUUGCCACCUGUAGGCAUAAUUCCGAUCCAGAGAAACCAAAGUCAUGGCCAAGAUUUUUGCUUAGGGUGGACCAUGAGAUGUGCACGUACUUGACAUCAGGCAAGAAGACUAAAUUAGGGCUCCUUAGCAGCUCCCUCAAAGUUUGGGUUUUGUUGAAGAUUGCUCGAGGUUUUACACGUGGUGCAUUUGAAUUGCUACCAUAUUCUGACGAGGAAGACACAGACGAGCAGAAGGAAUCACCAGCAGACUCACCACCUCUCAGGGACGCAGGAAGACCCAAACUGUCCGUCUUUCCUAUUAAGAAAUGGAUGAGCCGUGCAAAGCGAGCCAAGUGAAUUUCUUGCAAAGAAGACUGUAUUUUUUGUUUUUGCAACGAACUGAACUAAAAAUUCCCAGAUCAAUAAGAGCAGAUUAUCUGUGGGCCUUGCUUUUUU